ACUCCUCGGGACUGCCGAGCACUUUGCCGCUGCUGCCCAUCCAGGGAAACGCGGAGCGUGAGAUCCAGGGAACCGCGGAGCGUGAGAUCCAGGGAAAGCGGCGGGUUCGGCGGGAUUCAGCGGGAAGUGCGGCUAUCAAGGCGGCGGGUCGGGUUUCCUUGCCGGGGAUCCGGGUUUUCCGCGGCCUGCUCGCAACUCUCUCUUCGCUCGCUUCGCUGCGCCGCUCGCAGCCCAACAUGGUGGCGGUGUGGACGGAGAGCAGACGCGGCUCCGGCUCCGGAUGAUCCCCGCCCGGUUCUGAUCCGGAUGCAUUUGUCCACGAUCCGCCUUGGAGCGCGUUUGUUUUCCGGGUUUCGGGGUGUUCCGUGCGAGGCUUGGCUCGGCUACCGCCAGCGGCGGCGUCGCUGAGCGGAACCGUCGGCGGCGGGCGGCGGGCGGCCGUGCUGGGUGCACGUCGAGCGGCGGGGAAAGUUGUGUCGGCGGGGCUCCGAGUUUCCCCCCAGCGACACAAGUUGCACAACGCGGAGUAACCGGGAGGGGGGGGGACGGGGGACCGGGACCGGACGGUUCGACAACAACACAACGCCGCCGGGCCACCGGGCCGCCGGGCCACCGGGAAUGAAGUAAGGCGCGACCGCGGCGUGGGAGCUCCGCUUUCCGGCCGGGCUUCCUUUGUACCGGACACACCGUGUGUGUGUGUGUGUGUGCGUGUGUGUGUUUCCCCCAACACGCGGCGGACUCUCGUUCCGCUUUCUCCGCCUUUCUGCCCGCUGCGGACACCCGCCAAACACGCGGCACGGACCACUUAUGGAUUCGGGUCUAGCAGUCCGCGGCGCGCCGGACCCAGAAGGGGAGAACUAACGAGAGGGCUGCUGACGAUGAUGAUGAUGACGACGACGAUGAUGGUCGUGAUAAAAACUCAGUAGAAACUCUUUUAUUCGUGACGAUGGAAACGGUCCGGCCGCUUCUGUAUGGCCCCUGAACGGUGCUGCCCGUCCCGUCGAGUUUGAGGUUCGGGUCCAGUGGGUUUGUCUAUUACAUGGAGACGCGUCUGACAUGCCCAGGAAGGAGCUGCCGUUACCGGAGGGCUGGGAAGAGGCCCGGGACUUUGACGGGAAAGUUUAUUACGUUGACCACGUCAGCCAGACCACCAGCUGGAUUGACCCCAGAGACAGACAGACAAAGCCUCUGACAUUUGCUGACUGUAUCGGCGAUGAACUGCCUGUUGGUUGGGAGGAGGCCUAUGAUCCGGCUGUUGGGGCUUACUAUGUGGACCACAACACCAAGAGGACCCAGCUGGAGGACCCACGGGUCCAGUGGCAGAGGGAGCAGGAGGCCAUGUUGCGGGAGUACCUGGAUGUUGCCCGGGAUGCGCUCAGUGCCCAGAAGGAGAUCUACCAGGUGAAGGAGCAGAGACUGCGGCUGGCCCAGCAGGAGUACAGACAUCUCAGCGAUGCCUGGAGAGACAAGUCCACAUCCCAGACCAGCUUGAAUUCCAGGUCGUCAUCUUCCAGCAAAUACGACCCGGAGAUCCUCAAGGCAGAGAUCAUCACUGCCAAAAGCAGGGUGAACAAGUUGAAGAGAGACCUGGCCUGUAUGAAGCAGGAGCUGCAAUUCAAAGAACAAGGAUUUGAGACACUGAAGGAGAUCGACCAAAAGGUGUCCAGCAGCCCGUAUGGCUUCAAGCUGCAGGAGGCACAGGCCAUCCUGAGUGAGGUGCGCUCCAUCCGGGAUGCCAUCAGUUCCGGCGAGAAGGAGAAACAGGAGCUCAUGCAGAAGCUGGCGGUGUUGAAGGAUGGUUUCCAGCUGGACUCUGGCUCUCAGCAGGAGUUGUGGGGGAGCAGUCCCUCUCUGGCCAACUCGGAGCUCUCCAUUCCCCGCCUGUACUCCGACGCCGGAUCCCAGACGGACCUCCCCAUGGAGUUCAUGACCAGCACCAACAAACUGGCAGAAAAGGUCCGACUGAGCCUGAAGUACGAGGAGGUCAAGAGAAGGAUCGCCACCAUCGAGGUUCAGAUCGCCAAGCUGGACAGCGAGGCCUGGCCGGGCCUGCUGGACCCGGAGCGGGACCGCCUCAUCCUCAUCAAUGAGAAGGAGGAGCUGCUGAAGGAGCUGCAGUACUCACGGCCCUGCCGGCGCCUGGAGCCCUCCGACGCCGAGCGGCUGGAGUCCCAGAGGAGGCUUCUGGAGAGAGACCUGCAGGAGGCACGGGACAGCCAGAGCAAAGCCCUGACUGAGAGACUGCGACUGCACUGCAAGAGGAACAAGUUGGUCAGAGAGCUGGAGGAGAUGGUCCGACUGGCUGCAUCUCUGCAUACUCAACUCAAAAGCCUAUCGGCCAGCACCCUGUCCUGCUCCUCUGGGAGCAGCCGCGGCUCCCUGACCUCCAGCCGUGGCUCCCUGGCCACCACCUCCAGCCUGGGCUCCUCCUCCUCCCUCAGCUUCACUGACAUCUACCUGGAGCAGCCGGAGCUGUCCGACCCAGACUUCCAGAACAAACUGGACAGCCUCCUCCAGGAGGGAGUGCCCGGAGGCUACCGGCCCCCGAGCUCCAUCACCACCAUCCACGAACAUGAGGCAACUGGCACUGAGGCGCCCGACCCCAGCACGGCCGAGUCCGGACCGAUGGGCCGGCCAGUGGUGGUGGGCAGCGGUGCGGGGGAAGUAGGAGGUGGAGGUGUGGAGGCAGGGUCCUCCAGGAUCCAAGUGCUGAGACUGUCGGAGACGCCGCACUCCAUGAGCUCCCUGUCGCCGCGCUCCUCGCUUUCCUCGCUGUCGCCACCAUGCUCGCCGCUGGUGACAGACGCCACCUUCCUGUCUGGGGAGGCCUUUGGCGGGCAGACAGGGUCGGGGCUGGAUCUGGACUUGGAGCUCCACUGCAGGCUGGCAGGCCUCGACUUGGAUGGAAGGGAGCAGCGACAGGAGGGACGAGGGGCCUCCAGGGGCGCUGACGGCAAACAGGAGCCCAACGCCGGCGCCACAGAGGAGUUCAAAGACGCAGCUCCCCAGCUACGGGGCACAGGGGCGGGGCCAAAGAAGAUGGGCGUGACCUCAGCUGUAUCCGAUGAAUCGGUGGCGGGCGACAGCGGCGUUUACGAGCCAUCAGAGCGCCGGCCGGGCCACCUCACAGAGCUGCUGGGCUGCUAUGAGGAGAGAUCCGGUCUGGGUUGCUCCCAGGUGCAGCUCGGCCUGCGCUACGAGCCCAGAGACCAGCGCUUCUCCAUCUGCGUCAUGCGGCUUUCCAACUGCAGCGCCCUCUGUCUGCCGGCUGACCAGAAAAUGUACCUUCGCUUGGUGGUGCUGCCUUGCUCAGAGGCCACUCGCUGCCUCUUCCGGACACGUGGCUCUCUGCCUCAAGACACAAUGGAGGUCAACGAGGUCUUUGGGAUGAAGAUAUCCCACAAUGCUCUGCGGCAGAAGACCCUGAGGGUCGAUUUCUGCCACACCAGGAAAUCGGGCCGGGAGGAAUGCCUGGUGGGAGCUCAGAUCAGCCUGGCUGACGUCGGCGGUUCGGAGGAGAGAUCCACCAAGUGGUACAACCUCCUGGGUCAGACCUACAUGACGGAGAUGAGCAGCAGGAAUGCUGAUGGCGAGGCAGCGUUCAAGUCUGACGCGAGAGGUGUUUCCACCGGAGACAGAACUCAGUCUAAUCUGGAGAACACUCUGGACAGUCAGGAAUGGCGUGAGGACUCACUAGAAACUGACGUGUUUGAUGGGGAAGAAAACUGCAUGGAUGGGAAUGGGCCUCUGGAGGGGGAGGAGUUUUAUCCAGACAGCAGCCAAUGGGAAGUAGAGCAGGAGGAGGAAGGAGGCAAGGAAGCGCUGACUGAACCCAGCCCGCCAGGCGCCCUGACUGAACGGGUGAACAAGGAGACCAGUAUGGACGGUUUGCUGGUCCCCUACUCCUCUGUGGUCCGGCCCAAAGAACGACGUCCUGAUAUCCCCCAGCAGAACCCCUUCAUCAGGGGCAACACCAUUAUCCGCUCCAAGACCUUCUCCCCUGGACCCCAGAGCCAGUACAUCUGCCGGAUCAACCGCAGUGACAGCGACAGCUCCACGCUCUCCAAGAAGUCCCCGUUUGUCAGGAACGCCUCGGAGAGACGCAGCAUGCGCAUGAAGAAGCCCCCAGUACCGGUCAAAGGCCUGGACGGUCUCCUGCGGACCUCCCUGGACCUGGAGCUGGACCUGCAGGUGUCCCGGACACGGCAGGCUCGGCUGUCCCAGGAGCUGCGGGUUCUCCGAGAGCUGAAGGAGCAGCUGGAGCGAGCCAAGCUGCAGGGGCAGCGGGAGCUCCCCGCCUGGAUGCAGGAGGACGAACGCUUCCACCUCCUGCUGACGCAGGCCGAGAAACAGACUCGUGAGGAGCAGCUCCAGGAGCAGCGGGUAGAGAAGAUGAUGAGGGCCGCAGCCAAGGAUGUCCAAAAGAUCCGGGGCCAGAGCCGCAAGGAGGUCCCCGAGGUCCAGACCUUCAGAGAGAAGAUGGCGUUCUUCACGCGAGCCAAGGCCAACAUCCCCAAGCUGCCAGCUGCAGACGUGUAAAGGAGCAUUUCAAAGUAUUUCCCGAGUCUCCCCCGUGGUCCGCAUGGAAAGGAGGCGAACACUGGGAGGUGUUAUGAAGAAUUAAUUGGUGACAAAAAUGUUAACUAGGAAAAAAAGUCAAAAUCAGAGACACUUUUUAUUUUAGAUGGCAGUGUUGCUAAUCUGUACUGUUUCAUUUUAGUUUAGCACAACUAGAGUUUAAUUCUUAAUCUCCUCCACCUGUUUUUUGUUUUCGUGGCAUUUUUGUUUUCCAUUGAUGAAUUACAAAGAGGUGAAAGGUCAUAGUGACAUCUUAGGUGUUUGUACCACACAAUCGUCAUUCCAAGGCACGCGCACACAGACAAGUGUGUGUGCACAGAGUUUCUGCCUCCAGAUGUGACGUCGGCCAUAUUUGGAAAACCCCGUUCCUCUAAAAUGAUUGUAAGCACAGCUGAUGCUUUCUAACUCGCGGCAGAUAACACAACACUGUUCUACAGGGGAAAACUGGAUUUCGCAGAUGCUGAAUGAUGAACUUUGAGCCGUGAUUUUUACUUUGUCUCAAAAUGGAUCUGUUAAAGUUUUUAAAAUCUUGGCGGGCGUAAACAUAGCGGGUGUACACAGACGCACACACAGACACACACCAGUCUUUCGUUGUUUGACCUUUUCUGAAGCUGUGUAUGAGGUAGCGAAAGUCCACACGAUGUUCGGUAUGUGAACGUCAAUGCUGGAGCUCUCUGGACUGACCCCGUUUGUGAGUCUGGAUCUAUGAGGUACAUGUACAACCGUCAGUGUCAGGAACCACGUCCACCGCAGGCUCCGGAUGAAACCCCUUCCCGUUGUUAAACCCACAAUAUCCUCUUCUUUCCUGCACAACUCAGAGGGAUGUCUGAUAGGUUUUAUAGAGGCUAAAGGAAAAUCACCAACCGUUGACCCAUCGCACCUCAAACACACACACACACACACACUCAGUCAGACACUUGGCAUGGUGUAGGGACAGUGAUAACUCACCAACACUCAGGUUGUUGCUCGGAUAGUUUCUGCACUUUAAAACACUUGAGUGAACUUUAAAAAAAGAGAGGAAGUUGAGGUGGUUCGUUGAAUACAACCGAUCGCCUGGGCCCGGCACUGGAACGAACGUCGCAUCUCGACAAAGCACACAAUAGAAGCACAUUGUAGAAGCACGUAAGAAGUGAAGAUGAUGAUGUAUUUUGAUGAUUUGUAAUUGAUUGUAUGAUUCCAGGACUGGAAGUGAAUGUAGUUGUGCCCCACUGGUUAAGAGAACUGCCAAUCCUAUCCGAGGCGAGAAAUUGGCACCGGUCAAAUGAUGUUGCAUGUUGGCCAUAGAUGGUCUCUCACUCUCUUUUAACACCUACCAGCGUCUUCAGGAGGUGAUCGUCUCCCGGUUUGUGGUCGCACUCCUUUUAAGACCUAGUAUUUUGGUUGGGUACUACGAGGCCAGAACGUUUUCAGAUGUACGCAGUAACUAAAAUGUAUAUGUAGUCUGAUGUGUUGGGCCUCGUUCAUGAAAUGUUCUUAUGCAGAAUUUUGUUCGUACACAGUCGUGGAAUUUUUUAGCCCUCAGGUUCGUCUUACAAAUGCAAGCAACGUCUGAGGGUUAUUUCUAAGUCUUUCCCCCUGACAUCUACUAUGUCCACCUCUUGCAGCUAGCAUGCAUCCAGGCUUGUAGAGAUGUCAAUGUUAGCCAGCUGGUGUCUAAAUUCAGGGGUCAGACCCAUGCUCUGUGUGUUCUCUAUGACCCAAACUGAGGGCUAGAAUAUUCCACGAGUAUGUAUUUGUGUGCAAGAAGAUUUCAGACCUGAGACUCCAGAUGCCUUUGUUGUUCUGAACUGUGGGUUCGUCUUUCUUGGUUUUUUGCUCAUAACUGGACGCUUUGGAGAACAAAACAUAUCAGAGGAGAUAUUAACUUCUCAUCUCAUGUGUCUCCUAAAUGGACUCUCAUCUCAUCUUAGCACGUUUCCAAAUCUUGCAAACAUGUCCCCGUCUGCUCCUAGUUUUAUAUUAAAUCAGCUUUGAGAAUCUGCUUUUUUAAACCUAAAAUGAGUGAGUAAACAAACCAAACACAAAACCGAUUGUUAUAACCCCCCUUUUUUUGUAAUUCCAAUCCGUUUCAGGAAAAAAGAUGCAGUCAGCAGUGAAUAUGCAAACUUGAACGACCCAGCUGAGACCUGGUGUUACGGCAUGAUGAGUUGUUUCCUCAUUCAGAUUACAUAUUACACACAGAUUACAUUCAGAUUACAUUUUAGACACGGAUUACAUUCAGAUUACACAUUAGAUACAGAUUAUAUUCAGAUUACACAUUACAUUCGGAUUACAUAUUAGAUGCAGAUUACAUUCAGAUUACACAUUAGAUACAGAUUAUAUUCAGAUUACACAUUACAUUCGGAUUACAUAUUAGAUGCAGAUUACACUCAGAUUGCACCCACAAGGCGGUGGAAGUGGUUUUAAAGUGAUUGGGUUUACCAGAUCAAGUCCAGUCAUCCAACGCGUUGUGACUCUUUGUGAAUCGGCUGACACAUUUGUGUGAAUAAACAGGAAGUGAGAAGGUUUUACCAUUGUUUCUUUUUCAUGUGGCCGUGAGGCCGCAAGGAGCCUCAAGGAAUGGAGGUUGACAUGAAGGGAAGGUCUCCUGCUGCAUACCGCAGAUGUUCGAUUCAUCGGGUUAAGGUUUAAGUCAAGUGUCGGAAAGAUAAAACCUCUUAAACAAUCACUCUCGGAAGAUUCUGGCUGCGUGCUUUUUUCACUCGCACUUCCCGGGAGUCAUUUCAAAUAGUGCAGUGUCGCUUUUAUGACGUCACUCACUUGAAAACGAUGGCUGCAUCGCCACAACAACUUGGCUGCGACGCUAAAUUCAUCCCUGAAAACAAUCGAAUGGAAUUUGGAUCAUCUGUUGGCGUCACUUUUCUCUUUGUCUGUCUGGCCAUGACUUCUAAUGGCUAACAAGUUUGUCUCCCAUAACCCCAGACCACUGAGUGCUUGUUACGCCUAUCCCCUCUGGUGGACCAAUCACUGCUGGGGGACGGAAAAUACGUAUAUACAAUUUUCCAUGUACUGUUUAUUAGUCCCCUUGGGGAGAUUCAACUUCUGCAUCAACCCAUCCGAGCUGUGUAACUAGGAGCAGUGGGCAGCUGCAGCACCCGGGGACCAACUCCAGUUCUUCUUUCCAUUGCCUUGCUCAAGGACCUGGGACGGCCUGGGGUUCGAACCCAGGACCUCUUGCUGCGAGGAACAGUGCUAACCACUGGACCACCCUGCUGCCCAUGUUGCUUCCUGUGUGAUGCUUCGGAUGUUCGGCAGGAAUGUUGCCGCAGAUACACGUUUGUAUGAAGCGAGCUUUUUCGAGAUCGGUACUUUAAGUUAGGCAGAGAAGCAAGUAAGCUUCAUUCUUGUGUCUCUCUCAUUCUCUCCCUUUCUGUCUGUAAACUCCUAAUAAUGCACGGUAUGAAGAAUUAGAGGGAUCAACCGGAAGUUAGAAGCGGUCCUUGGAUUUGCUUUCCACAGAGGGUUGAAAUCUGGUCAAACUUGGCCUGGUUGUGUGAAGAGGCUUUCUGUGGAGGGAGAGCGCUUCGUCAUCACGACUCGAUCUUAUGAAAGAACGCUAGAGAGACAGAAGCGGUAGAAAACUCUGACCUAAAGGGAAGUGCCCUGGUUAGUAUAUUGGUUGGUGAGAGUGCCUUACGCUCGUCCAAAGGAGAAUUUUUUUGAUUUUUAUUUUCAUUUUCAAGCAUUUUUGACAGGUUAAAGACCCAGACAGGCACCAACACUGGAGAGAAAGUCCUGGUCCGAGUUUGCCUCACCAAGCGUCCAUUUAAAGAUAUGAUUCCCCGCUUGCUCUUUAAAAGUGACUGUUGGUCAACAGUAACUAUAAUAACAAAGCGUUCGCACAAAGUCACUGUUUUAAUCUCUGACCAGUUACUUCUGACGCUGUCGUGACUUUUGGACUGUGUGUUGGGUGUCUCUCACCCACCAGCAACCCAAUGAAACCUGCUGCCUGCUCUCGCUUUAACCUUUUACAGUAGCAAGAACAACAGCUAUGUUUCCAUCCGGCGGUCAAGCCACUUUUCAGCAAACUUCUCUAAAUUCAUGAAAAAUAACAUGCAAAUUAAGUGCAUUCCGUCAGAUUUGUUUUAAUAAACCCUGAUCGUGGUGUUACGUGUCCUACGUUAUAUGUCCAUACAGCACCGACCAGGAGGAUGGAGCAGUCAGGUUGAAUAAAAAGCUAAUUCGUUGAAUUUUGCCACUUCCAUUCCACUUUUCCCCCCCAAUUGUACCUGGCCAAUUACCAAUUACCCCACUCUUCCAAGCUGUUCCGGUCUCUGCUCCACCCCCUCUGCCGAUCCGGGGAGGGCUGCAGACUACCACAUGUCUCCUACGACACAUGUGGAGUCACCAGCCGCUUCUUUUCACCUGACAGUGAGGAGUUUCACCAGGGGGACGUAGCGCAUGGGAGGAUCACGCUAUUCCCCCCAGUUCCCCCUCCCCGAACAGGUGCCCCGACUGACCAGAGGAGGCGCUAGUGCAGCGAACAG